AUGUUGAGAGCCAUCGCUAAGGCAAUCGGCACGGUGGUGAGGAUAGACUAUAAUACAGAAUCGACAGAGUGGAGGAAGUUUGCAUGUCUGGUCGUCUCGGUGGACCUCACCAAAUACCUGGUCUCCAAAAUCCAGAUCGAGGGGCACCUUCAGAGGGUGGAGUAUGAAGGGCUGCCGACGAUCUGCUUUGAGUGCGGAUGUUACGACCACCUUCGUGAACAAUGCCCUAAGAAGUCUAAGGAGGUUAUCGCUGAUGGGGAGACUUGUCCUGAAGAAAAUACCAGGAUUGUUCUGCCACUGCCAGUGGCACAAGGGAAAAAAUUUGGGCUGUGGAUGCAAGUGGUGUAUCGGGGAAAGAGGAAUGACAGAAAAGGAAACAACCCUGCUAACAAAGAAGGUUUUGUUACCACCGACCGUAAUGGAUCGGGGUCGCGGUUUGAUCUGAUUAUAGAGAUAUUGGAAGGGGAUUUUGUCACAUCGGAUUGUACAUGA